GUCACUCCGCACGAAUGCAAAAACAGACUGAAGUAAUUUUUUAAUACCAUUUUCCUACUUGGCGCGAAUUGGCUAAAUAAAAUGAAUGGAACGCGUAACAUGAAGUCCAUGAAGACGAUUCGGCUCGGCGACGUGCUGUACGACGACCAAAAACGCCUUCUAACGCUGUGUCGCAGCUGCGAAUGCCACUUUAUGACGCUCCAAUCGUUCCAGCGCCACCUAGGCGAUUGCCCCGGAGUAAAAUACAUAGUAACGCCAAUCGAACCGCUGGCAUUUGAUGAUGCCAAUAGGGAAACGAGACUGGUGAAUGGCAGACAGGAGCUUCACAUCUACGACCUGGAGGCGGUUAAAAAUUCGAGCAGCACCAACAGCGCCAUCGACUGGGAGGCAGAGCUGGAGGAUCCACGCUGGUACACCGAUCCCAAGCCCACUGUACAGCCCACAGUAAAGACAAAUUCUAAGGAAAAUAUAGUAAAGGAGUGCCUAGUGACGCUCGCCAAGGAGUCUCAGGAACCGGAAGGGGUGCCUGCGAAACGUCCGCGUAGCCCUCCCACCUCCCGUCGUACCAUUCUGACCGCACAGCAGCAGCGCAGAUCCCGUGCCUGCUUGUCCUCCGCUCAACCGAGCGGAGUAAGGAUGAAAAAGGCCACCAUCCUGGUACCCCAUGUGCUGGAGGAUCUGAAGCGACUGCAGGAGACGGAGAAAAAGGAAAGGAUUCCAGUGGUGCUACCAGCUCCUGCACUUCCUGUAGGGUCAUUGCAAUCUUGUGCUAACAGGACAACGCAGUCAACAUCUCAAUUGGUACCCAUGAAAAUUUCUCCUGCAUCGAAGCUUAUUAUACCAGUCUCUUCAAGGAUAUCUGAUGUGCCAGCACCUCCAAAGACGCCCGAGAAACCAGUUCCUCCCAUAACAAGCAAAUCAACUCCUCCAUUGGAUGGCACCCAGAAAAUCCUAAACAAACUCAGAGCAUGCGGUGUGGAGGUGAAGCGAGCAAGUACCCAUUCGAAUGCCACGACUGAGCUAAACCCAACCAAAAAUCAAGAGACCCUGGACAUCAUGAGAAAACUUCAAUCCAAGGGCAUCAGAUGCACCAAAGUCAAAAAAUCGUAGUUGUAUUCGCCGUAGUGUAAGGAUUAUGCCAUUAAAUGUGCCUCUGGAGGCGAAGAUUUAGCAAUAUAA